AGCCUGACAUACAGUACGACUGCGCCCACGCUGGCGUUGUCUUGCCAAAGUUAUUUUUCUUCUCUGCCUCCUUCCUUACAGAGUUGACAAAGAAAGAGCUACCUCUUUGCUUCAGAGAAAUGGAACUAAGCCAAGAGUUCGACGUACUGUGUAAGAGACAGGCAGAAGGCUGGAGAGUUGAAUGUCUUAUUUUAUAAAGCUGAAUCGGGGAACCAUUGAUCCAUAUAGAUCCUAUAAAUAAACAGAAGUCGGGCACAAUACAUUUAAAGGAAUUUAGACUAUCGGAAAGCUAAAAGGCAGCCAUCAUGAACGAGUGUCACUAUGAAGAGAAGAUGGAAUUCUUCUACAACCACAGCAACAGCAAGACUGAAGAUGAUUGGUCGGGGGCCAGACUCAUCAUUAUUCUGGUUUUUGGUUCGAUAUUCUGCUUCUUUAUUUUCCUGUCAAAUGCAAUGGUCAUAGCGGCAGUGAUCACCAACAAGCGAUUCCACUUUCCCUACUAUUACCUACUUGCUAAUUUAGCGGCGUCAGACUUUUUUGCCGGAAUAGCCUAUGUGUACCUUAUGUUCAACACGGGGCCCGUCUCCAAAACACUCACCGUGCACCGCUGGUUUCUGCGGCAGGGUCUACUGGACACAAGCCUCUCAGCCUCCUUGGCAAACCUGCUGGUCAUUGCUCUGGAACGUUACAUUUCCGUAAUGAAAAUGACGGUGCACAGCAACCUCACAAAACGCAGAGUGACUGUCUUAAUUAUCAUGGUGUGGGCAGUUUCCAUUUUCAUGGGCGCGGUGCCCAGUUUGGGGUGGAACUGCAUCUGUAGCCUUAACGACUGCUCGAUACUGGCACCCAUUUAUAGUCGCAGUUACCUGGUUUUCUGGUCGGUCUCCAACCUUUUGGUCUUUUUUAUCAUGGUGGUCGUGUACAUGAGGAUCUAUAUAUAUGUGAAGAAGAAAAUUAUCGUCCUGUCGCCUCACACCAAAGGCUCUAUAAGUCGCAAGAGAACCCCUAUGAAGCUCAUAAAGACGGUGAUGACAGUUCUAGGUGUUUUUGUAAUCUGUUGGACUCCUGGGCUGGUUGUUCUCCUGCUUGACGGUCUACACUGCUCCAGCUGUGGGUUGCUGGAUGUGAAGCAGUGGUUCCUGCAGCUGGCCAUGCUGAACUCCAUCAUCAAUCCCAUCAUUUACUCCUACAAGGACGAAGAGAUGCGCAACACCUUCCGGAACAUGAUCAGCUGUGGGAGAAACAGAGGAAGGAUUUCCAGAACCAGCUCCAGAGCGCUGAGCUGCAGCAUUGAGCCCAGUCGUAAUACUGAGGAAAGUUCGAUUUCUUUUCACAAGGAGGUCAAGGCGUGAAUGCAGUACCGGGACUCAGGACCUUAUUUGUUGCUGGAUAGCAAAGGAUCCUAGACAUCAAGAAGUGCUGGCUUAUUCAAUAUCAACUGUCUUUAGAAAAGCAGGAGGUGUCGGGCAUUCUCAAAACUGCAAGUGGAAAUUGAAAACCAUGGAUUGUGCAUGAUUGCUCAAGCACAGUGCCCAGAGGACAGCCUGAGUGGUGUUUACUGCAGCUAGCCAGCCCCCUGGUGGUGCUUCUGACUGUACUAUAUUAUUGUGUGGGGAGGGAUGUUUGAGUCAUGAUUUGGGUGAAACUGAUGUACUUUUAAAUGCAGGUUUCAUUGGCACAUUGGGUGCACAGCUGUUGGGCCACAAAAAAUACCUGAAGGUAAUGGUGACUACAAUGUCACUGCAUGCCCCUACAAGUUCCAAGCCAGUUUCUUCCUAGUUCAUUACAAUUAACAGCCAAUCAGCGAUUCAGACUUCCUGUAUUUAUGUUUAUUAGAAAACAUAUGUGAAAUUGAACCCCUAAAGCUUUUUAUUUUAUUUUUUAGUAUAAAAAGCUCAACGCAUUGUUUCAUCUUAGAUUUUUCUAUAUAGAUUUAAGAGCAAUUGUGUGUGGUGCUGAUUUUUGACACUGUAGUCUAAUAAAUCAUUGAGAUAGUA